UUCCCGUUAUCAAACGUGUUCGCAUCAGUUGUGAUCAGACGCCCAGAGCCUCAACACAGUGGGAGUUUGUGGAACCAUCACUUGUGUUGUGCAUAACACUUGGUUUUAUACUUGCACGUGUGAAGUCACACAUCUGGCAGUAACACUCAUGCGGAGCCUGGCGUGUGUGGCAGAGGAACAUGAAGAGUUGCGUUUUACUUUUGUCAGAGCUGAUCUCCAACGAACCUACUUUAGUCUUCAUCGUGUUUUCUGCACCCUCAAGCAUCAUAGCGAAACUCCAAGCAAACACAGAAGACGACCAAGGAGGACCUGUGCAAGACCUUCUAGGACGUGUGGACGUCGAGGACGGACGGAUUUACCAAGGACCAGGGCGAAGUGGACGACAAGGACGAGCAGCCAUGAAGAUACAACCGAGACAUCGUACGCGAGAACAAAAUGACCAGCUAAUCAGUUCUAGCCAAAGUUGGGUCACCCUUGAGGCAAAUCUAAGCCGCCUCGAGGGGCAAUAUAACGAGCAAUAAACCGUGUACAUAAGAACGACUUGCGUAAGCCAUUAAACAUAGACCACGUGACCGUUUGCAACGUGGCUCGAAGUCCAGUAGAGAACCAUCGACUCAGCGAGGACGCAUUUAUAUGACCUUGUUUGACUUCUCAGACGUGCCUCAGCACCCGCCGGGCUCAGGUCAUAUCGCCAGCCUUUCUCCCCCCCAGAGGGCCAGACUGCGCCUGCGAUCCCCGCACUCAGCGCUUACCUUAUGAGAUUCGUCUCAUGUGUUACCAUCACUGUGUUGUACUCUUCCGUUAUAUAUAGUCAAGCCGUUAUAUAACUAAUCCCGCCCUACUAGCCACUGUAUU